UUGCAUGUUCUUUAUUUAAAACCGUUUUGAGUUUUACACGGCACAAUAAAACUGAGUAAAUAUCACGAUAAAAACCUGUAAAGAUCCUACAUAAGUGUGACUUUUGAGAUCUGACAGAAGCAGGAGCGAUUAGAUAGGAGGGGCCUUGGAUCGCCGGGGGGCUUGAGGGUAUAAAUGCAGCCUGGGCUUAACUGGAACACCCAAAAGGAUUCCAUAUUUCAUCCUCUGAUCAUAUUCGGAAACGAAUCUAAAAUGGAUCACUGGAAGAUUCAACUGGUUGUCGUGACGUUCUGUGCAUUGGUGCAAACGUAUCGGGGUCUCGUUUGCAGUGCAGAGCAGGAGAGAGGACUCCCCAACGAGUGGCACAGUGAGUCCUUGAGGCUGAAUUACCCAAUGGAGGAUCUGAUGAAAAGAUCCAAAGCGCUUCGUUUCUAUGGACUUAUGGGAAAACGCGCAGGUAGGUCGGCGUUUUUUAUUUAUUUUUAUUUUUUUUUAUGUUAUAAAAUAACAAAAUGUUUGUUUUUUUGUCACGCAGUUACAAAGAAACCAUUUCAAUUUAACAGAAGAAACAAAGGAGAGAUGUUUGUGGGAUUGAUGGGGAGAAGCCUUUCUAGUGGAGAAUCUCUGAUCAGAGACGCUCCAUCUGAAGCGUCCACUGAGAUCCGUGUUGCAGAGAAACCAUACAGCAAAGGUAUGAUCCAAUAGUACAAAACCUGAG